GCUCAGCAUCAAAAAGCCUGUGCAGAGCGAGCAGGCCACACAGUGCCUGCCUCUGCGCCCAGCAGCCAGCCAGCCAGCCAGGCCCCUGUCCUCCUGCUUGCCCACGCCGGGCGAGUGCACACCGCCUGCUCAGAGAGGCCCUGCUCUCCAGCGUGAUUGCGCCCACACUGCUCUGUGGCUUGCUCUACCUGGCGUGGGUCGCCGCUGAAGUUCCAGAAGGCAGCAGAGGGAUGGCCGCCAGCAGAGCCAGGAGCCAGGAAGGCCGCCGGGCACGCACUUUCCUCCCGGAGACUUUUGACGGAGCCAAUGUAGCCCCGAGCCUCUGGCUGCACCGCUUCGAGGUCAUCAGCGACCUCAACGAGUGGGACCAUGCCACCAAGCUCAGGUUCCUGAAGGAGGCCCUCAGGGGAGACGCCCUGGAGGUCUACAGUGGACUUGGUGCCCAGGACCAGGGGGACUACGGAGCUGCGCGAGAGGCCCUCCUGCAGGCCUUCGGGGGCCCCGGGGCCGCCUCCGGCCCCCGGCCCAAGGAGAUCGUGUUCGCCAACAGCAUGGGUAAGGGCUACUACCUCAAGGGGAAGAUUGGCAAAGUGCCCGUGAGGUUCCUGGUGGACUCCGGGGCCCAGGUGUCCGUGGUGCACCCCAGCUUGUGGGAGGAAGUCACCGACGGCGACUUGGACACCCUGCGGCCCUUUGAGAAUGUGGUGAAGGUGGCCAACGGGGCAGAAAUGAAGAUCCUGGGCGUGUGGGACACAGUGGUGUCCCUGGGCAAGCUGAAGCUGAAGGCCGAGUUCCUGGUGGCCAACGCGAGCGCGGAGGAAGCCAUCAUCGGCACGGACGUGCUGCAGGACCACAACGCCGUCCUGGACUUCGAGCAUCGCACCUGCACCCUGAAGGGGAAGAAGUUCCGCCUCCUGCCCGUCGGGGGGUCUCUGGAAGACGAAUUUGACCUGGAGCUCAUAGAGGAGGAGCCCUCCCCCGAGCAGGAGCUCUCCUAUUGAGAAGCCCCUCUUCCCGCCCAGGCCCGGUGUGUGUGGGGGGGUCACAUCCUCAGGGGGAGUUCCUGGGCUUAGCUGUCCUGCACAACCCACUCUUCUCCUCUUCCCCUCCCUCUGCAGGGCCUUACCCUGCCCCUGGGGAUGGGGGGAGGUUUCCAGGGAGCAGGCACAGGGGAGGGAGAGCAGUGGGGGGAGGGUCCCCGUGGUCACCAAGCUGCUGUUGGUGGCAAAGACAGAAAGGCUGGAGAAGUUUCCAAGGGAACCGGGAUUGUUGGUCUUUGGGUGGGAACUCGGGGACCCCUUCAGAUCCCCUGAGGUGUAGCCUGGUCACCUUCAGGCUCAGGAAGCCUGCUCAGCGGGGCUCGGGCCUGGCUGCAGGAUCCUCGGAGCCAGGCCCAGCUGGCAGGUGACAGGUGCGGAAGGAUGCCUCCCUGGUGACUCUUCCCACCUGCGCAGGCCCAGGUUUCCUUCUGUCAUUUGCUUUGAACCCCACUGAGCCUGUGCCAAUAAUCCAGAUACUUCAAUACCCAAUAAAGACCGAUUCGUGCAGAAA